GGGGCUCCACGUGUGACCCCGCGGGUCGGGCUCACCCGAUCCUCGCACUCCCCAACCCGGAGGGUCCGGGGCUGCCCCGACCGGCUUUUACAAGCCUCGGGGACGGGCAAACUCCCACCUCAGGCCCUGCAGCGUCCAGGUCCUGCAGCUUCUCCCGGCCCUGAACCCCUCCCCAGACCCUGAAACUCAGCCUCUGGUCACCUGAAUCCCCCCGAAUUUGCCAUGUUCGGCUCUUCCCGGGGCGGGGUCCGGGGGGGCCAGGACCAGUUCAGCUGGGAGGAUGUCAAGACGGACAAACAGCGUGAGAAUUACCUGGGGAACUCCCUGAUGGCGCCGGUGGGGCGGUGGCAGAAGGGCAAGGACCUGACCUGGUAUGCCAAGGGCAAGAAGGACACGGCUCCCUCGUUAUCCCGGGAGGAAGAGCUGGCUGCUGUCCGCCUGGCCGAGCAGGAGGCCAUGAUGGCAGCACUGGGCUACAAGAACUUGAAGAGGCAGCCCACGGGCCUCAGCAAAGAGGACCUGGCUGAGGUGUGCAAGAGGGACGGCGCUGAGCGGGACGACAAGGACGUGGAUCGGGUGGUGGGUUUGGGCAGCUCCAGUGGCAGUGCUGGCCGGGUGAUGCUUUCCAAGGAGGACAGAGAGGCAGCCAAGCUGGGGCUCUCGGUCUUCACGCACCAGAAAGUCUCCAGCAGCCCAGAGAUACCUGUCUCCAAGAAGAAGCAGGAAAAGGAGGAGAAGGUGGAGGAGAAACGACCUGAGAGCAGCAAAAAAUCCAAAAAGGAGAAAAAGAAGGAGAAAAAGAACAAGAAGAAAAAGAAACAUAAGAAGGAGAAGAAGAAGGACAAAGACAAGCAUUCCAAGAAGGAUGCUGCCCCAUCAUCCUCCGAUUCUUCCCCAGAUCGGGAUAAGAGGCACCACCGCAGGAAAGCGCAGCAGCACUCGGAGGCCCCGCGGCACGGCAGCCGGCGGCGGCAGGACACGGAAUCCUCGGCGAGCAGCGGCAAUUGCGGCCGGGGCCCCGCCCGCCGGCGCAGCCGGAGCAGGGACGGCCGGGGCCGCCACCCGUCCCCGCGGAGAAAGGGCAGGAAAAGGAGCAGGUCCCGCUCCCCCCCGGCCCGCGGGGUGCGGCAGCGCCACGACACCGACUCGGAGGACUGAGAGGGAGCCUGGGGUUGUUUCAGGGAGAUCUUCCAGAGAUUUAUAUUUUUUAAGGUGAUUAAAUUAAAAACGCUGCAGCCCCGCGGGUGCAGAGGCAGAGUCUGGCAAAGGGCAUUAAGGUUUUGGUGCCAGCAGCCUUUCCCUGCCCGCCCAGGGGCAGCACCAGCGGGUGUGGGGGGCAGCAGGGCCUGGGCACCCUUCUCCUCACUCCCUAAAAUCCAUCUGGGCAGGAUUGAGCACGGAGGAUGCUCUGGGUGGGGACUGGUGCCAGGGUGGUUCUGGCUGUGGUGCUGAAAAUGCUGUGGAUACCUCGUGUUUAUGUACAGAGACUUUGGAAGAGAUUAUUAUUAUUAUUACUACUAUUAUUAUUAUGGGGUUUUGUCUUAUUUCUCUGCCAUUGAGUGCUUGCCAGUACAGUGGCUGGAGAGUUUCUUUCCUUAAAAAUUCCCUAAACUUAUCAGCUGCAUGGAUGGAGGCUUAAAGCUCAUCUAAUUCCAGUUCCCCUGGGCCAGGCUGCUCCAAGCCCUGUCCAGUCUGGCCUUGGACACCUAAAUAAUUCCUAAUCUUGAGGAGAAAGUGGAUGGGACCAGGGCCCCUGGCCACAUCCACCCACCCCAGGGAGCAGCAAACUCCAUUCCCAUCCAGGAUUCAAACCCUCAGCACAUGAUUAUUAUACUGAAAGAGAGGAAUUUUACACCAAUAAAUAGAAAUAUUGAUCUGAAUGGAAAAGGGGUGUCACAGAGCAUCGCUGGCUGUGGCGUGGCCGUGCCAAGCACAAGGGCCUCAUUUGUGUAAUUAAUGAUGCAAUUGAAGACAGGGAGGGUUUGUGUGUCUUGGUGGACAAAAGCCCAGUGGGACCGUGCUCAGGAGCUGACAAAGCUCUUCUGUCCCAACCCAAGCAGAGGGAGAUGCUGUGGGGCCGUCACAGCCUUGGGUGAUCCCCACCCCAAGAUGAUUUUUGGGGUUGACAGGCUCUGGGCACGAGGGCUGUUCCUCGUGCUCUGAGCAGCUGCAGCUCCAGAUCCAUCCCAGGGAUGCCCUGAGCCCAUGCACUCCCUGGCCAGGGGCUCUGCCUCUGCUCACCAGGCUGAGCUCGGAUUUUGGGAUCCAAACUGUGGCUGGAGCCCGCUGGGAACAUCCCAGAGCAGGACUGCACCUAAUGGGAACUGGGCAGCAGGUUGAAAAGGGAGCCAGGGGAGAAUGAAAACAGCACAGCAAGCAGAGAAAAAAUACCACAAAUUGCAGUAUCCUGCUGCCUCCAUGGGCUCCCAGUUCCCAUCUUCACCUCCCCAAGCUUGGGAUGGAUGCUGUGGCAGGGCUGGGCUCCAGCAGGAUGAGCUGCACCCGCAGCUCCUCAGCAGAUGGAGAGUGCUGGGCAGGGGGGCCAGGGCACUGCUGGCCCAGCUCAGUUCAGCUCUCCUGGGCUUUCUCCUGCUCUCCCCCUUCCUGUUUCACACUCCAAACCAAGAUCUGAGGAAAUCAGGUUUAGAAACAUGGGAAGCCAAAACUGAAGGGGACAGGGAUAAAGGAGCCCAGCCCCAUCCCUGCUCACCCCAAAACCUGCCUGUGCAGCUGCUGGGUGGCCAAAAUCCAGGCUGAGAGCCUGGAACAGAGCAAAGCCUGUGCUGCCCAGAGCAGAGGGCAGAGUACAGCUCCCACAGCUGUACUGAUAACAUCACCAUAUUACUCAUUUUCCACAGCAAAUUCUGCAUGCAGAAAAGCAGCAUCCUAACCCAGCUUCCCCUUCAAGUUCAAUUCCUACCCAGAACAGGAAUAAAGAGCUGUCCUGCCCUAUUAGGGAUGCAAAUAUCCUGAUUCAGCGCUUGGAAUUCCAACGUGAAUUUCUGACUUGCAGGAGGUUUGUGAUCUCAGCUUGCCCAGUGUUUUUUACCCUUUACUACAGCCCCAGCCACAGUCCAUGUUACCCACCCUGGUGCCAGGUUUUCCCACAGGGAAUUUUUCCUCUCUAACCUGCAGGACAGACCUCCCAUCCUAUAGCUUUCCAGCCUGUGAAAUGGGGAAUGUGCUGCAGCUCCAGCCAGGAGAACAGCUGGGAGCUGGCAGGCAGCCCAAGCGUGAGCACUGGGGAGGAGCAGCUGCAGCUGACAGGGAAGGCAGGAGGAUCAUCCAGAGGAGGAGCUCUGUCCCGGAUCCAGAGGGGACUGCAGAAAGGAAAAAUGCAAAACAAAGCACUUAGGAAGCGGAAUUCAUAUUUUUUCCCCACAAAACUGCUAAUUUACAGAUCCUGUAAUUAACUGGGAGCAGCAGGAGGAACAACCUGUUAGGGGAAGUGAUGGGGCUACUCAAGAAGCUCAAGCUGUGCUGGCCCAGAAGCAACAAAGUGACUCCAGUAGAACCCAACGAGCAUCACCAUCAUUUUACCUGCAGGGUUCCAACCAGAAUGAUACAUUUUGUGGAAAAUACAGGAGAUAUCCUCAAAUUUUCAUGCAAAUCAUGAUGUUGGCAAAACGCUGCCUGGAUGUGGAUCCCCUGCACAAAGAUGAUACAAACCAACACGAUACCAGUGCAAGUUUCAUGAAACUUUUUAUUCAACAAGUAUUUAAUUAUGAUUCUGCCAAGAUGAUCGAAUGAACAGCAAGGCAUAAAAAACAUGAAAUAGUUAAGAGAUUUUAUUCUAAUAGCUUUAAUUACAGUGCUUGUUUGUCGAAAUGAAAACUGAAAACAAGUAUACAAAACAGUUGAUUACUAGUUGUGUAUUGAAAGCAAUAAAGGUUUCCACAACACUAAAUAAACCAGUUCUGAUAGUUCCUCGAGUUAAAGUUUAACAGCUCCAGCUUCUUC